AUGGUGACACCAGCUCCAACAACUCCAGUUCCUACAACAGAAGUGACACCAGCUCCAACAACUCCAGUUCCUACAACGGAAGUAACCACAGCUCCAACAACUCCAGUCCCUACAACGGAAGUCACCACAGCUCCAACAACUCCAGUUCCUACAACGGAAGUAACCACAGCUCCAACAACUCCAGUUCCUACAACGGAAGUGACAUCAGCUCCAACAACUCCAGUUCCUACAACGGAAGUCACCACAGCUCCAACAACUCCAGUUCCUACAACGGAAGUCACCACAGCUCCAACAACUCCAGUUCCUACAACAGAAGUCACCACAGCUCCAACAACUCCAGUUCCUACAACAGAAGUCACCACAGCUCCAACAACUCCAGUUCCUACAACAGAAGUCACCACAGCUCCAACAACUCCAGUUCCUACAACAGAAGUCACCACAGCUCCAUCAACUCUAGCUCCUACAACAGAUGUCACUACAGCUCCAACAACUCCAGUUCCUACAACGGAAGCCAGACCAUGUCCGACGCUGAAUACUUCACCUAACGGAGCGCUGAGUCCUCCCGGACCACACUUCUACCCGACAGUGGUCACAUUCGCCUCCAGACCAUGUCCGACGUUGACGGCUCCAACUAACGGAGCGCUGAGUCCUCCCGGACCGUACUCUUACCCGAUAGUGGUCACAUUCGCCUGUGAUACGGGAUACGUACGGAACGCCAGACCAUGUCCGACGCUGACGGCUCCAACUAACGGAACGCUGAGUCCUCCCGGACCGUACUCUUACCCGACAGUGGUCACAUUCGCCUGUGACACGGGAUACGUACGGAACGCCAGACCAUGUCCGACGCUGACGGCGCCAACUAACGGAACGCUGAGUCCUCCCGUACCACACUCCUACCCGACAGUGGUCACAUUCACCUGUGACACGGGAUACGUACGGAACGCCAGACCAUGUCCGACGCUGACGGCUCCAACUAACGGAACGCUGAGUCCUCCCGUACCACACCUCUUCCCGACAGUGGUCACAUUCGCCUGUGACACGGGAUACGUACGGAACGCCAGACGAUGUCCGACGCUGACGGCUCCAACUAACGGAACGCUGAGCCCUCCCGUACCACACUCCUACCCGACAGUGGUCACAUUCACCUGUGACACGGGAUACGUACGGAACGCCAGACCAUGUCCGACGCUGACGGCUCCAACUAACGGAACGCUGAGUCCUCCCGGACCGUACUCUUACCCGACAGUGGUCACAUUCGCCUGUGACACGGGAUACACCUUUUUCGACGCUGACGGCUCCAACCUUCGGUACGCUGAGUCCUCCCGUACCACACUCCUACCCGACAGUGGUCACAUUUGCCUGUGA